GUGUGUGCCCUGUUCCCCGUCCUUGCUCCGCCGCUCGCUCGCUCGCUUGCGCGUUGAUCCUCCUCCUCCUAUUUUGCGGACGCCCCGACAGUCCACCCUGCCUCCUCUUACGAAAUCCUCUCAUCACGGACCUGCUGCCACGAUCGUGCACGUCUUUCUUUGUUCUUUAUUAACCGGGAUCCUCCGCCGCCGCCGCCGCCCCCUCCUUCAGCUGUACCCAGCUCCGAGCAACUAUCCUCCUCAUCCAUACUACUGCUACUCCCCUAUCAAGUGCUUUCUGGAGCUACGAAAAGCAAUCGGCUUAGAAGCGUUCCCUCCCCGGCCCCUUGCCUGCCCUUUUCUCUUUUUCCCAUCAUCUCAUAUUUCGCCUGAUCUCGAGUCUCACCACGGUGGACUCUGAGGCAGCUAACGUAGCAAACAGAUUUCUCCCCAGGCAGCACAGCACGUGAAAUCCUCACGCCUGGGCCCGCACGUCAGGACUGGCGGCAGCAUCAUCAUCAUACGACGACACACGCCUUUCACUCGCCCAUUGUCGUUAAGGAAAAAAAGUCAUGUUCUCCAAGUCCCUUGCCCUGGCCAUUGCGGCGGCCUCGUCGCUCGUCUCAGCCCAGACGUCGACAGCUUGCAACCCUCUCAAGACCACCUGCCCCGCGGACCCUGCGUUUGGCUCCAAGAAAGUCGUCUGGAACUUUGCGAAUGGCGCCUGUUCGUCUCUCAAGGCGCUCGGAAGCACCAGCCAAAUCACCUACGGCAACAACGGCGCCCAGUUCUCCAUCACCCAGCAGGGCCAGGCGCCCACCAUUGCCACGAGCCAGUACCUCUUCUUCGGCCGCGUCGACGUCCAGGUCCAGGCCGCCCCCGGUCGGGGCAUCGUGACGGCGUUUGUGCUGCAGUCGGACGACCUCGAUGAGAUCGACCUGGAAUGGGUCGGCGCCGACAACUCCCAAGUCCAAAGCAACUACUUCAGCAGAGGCGACACGUCCAGCUACGACCGCGGCGCCUUCCACCCCGUCUCCAACCCGACCGGCUCGACGCACACCUACUCCAUCGAGUGGACGUCCAAAUACGUAAAGUGGAUCAUCGACACGCAGACGGUCCGCACCCUCACGUACGAGCAGGCCAUGGCCAAGGGCGGCGCCGCCGGCUUCCCCCAGACCCCCAUGCAGGUCAAGCUCGGCACCUGGAUCGCCGGCCGCCCGGAUGCCUCACCCGGCACCGUCCAGUGGGCCGGCGGCUACGUCGACUGGUCUCAGGCGCCGUUCAAUGCCUACUUCAGGAGCAUCAACAUUACAGAUUAUGCCGGUGCGGACAGUUACGGCAAAGACGCCAAGCAGUACGUCUACGGGGAUCACUCUGGCACCUACCAAAGCAUCAAGGUUCAGUAAACGCAGGAAACGAUAGAAUAGAAAGGGCUUUCUGGACAAAGGGAUGGAUUGGAAUUGGAUUGGGACUGGGGCGGCGGGUAUAUUAUCGGACAUUUCGUAGUUAUACGAUGCAUAGCAAGAAUAGCUUAUGGGGGCCAUCUAAUUUCAGAU